UAUCAGAGCACAUUCCUGCACACCAGCAUCUUCUGAACCUUUCCCCCAGUGAAGAAACAAGCGAGCAGCCACUGUUAAUCCACUCCUCGGCCCUCCUUUCUCCCCUCUCCUUUCCCAGGACAUUUGCCAAGGUUACAGAGAUGGGAGGGGAGCGGAGGGGAGAGGAGGGGAGCCGACACAAAGGAACACAGGGGGGUGAGCGACAUGCAGAAUGUAUGAGACACCAGAGAGGAGGGAGACUCUGAGCUGAGCAGCUGCAGUGUUGUGUGAGGAUUUUUAAGGAUUUCCAUCACAUCACAGGGCACCGUUACAUCUUUGGGUCGUGGGAUAAUAAAUUCCACUGCAUCAGGAGUCAGCUGACGGAGGAGGAAAAAAACCAGAGGAAACAGUGUAAGAGAGAUGAGGAGGGUGCACGAGGCUUUUGAAGCAGCAGGAAGGGGGCUGGGCCUCUCUGACAAUGCCUCUCUCCAGUAAGGACUUUUGCAAUGCUAACUUUGACCCGUGGACUUUAUGCUCAGGCUGUAGCAUUUAGGCAGCGUUCAGCACGGGCUGCUCUCAGGAGGACACAAGCCGCAUGGUGAGUGUGUUCUGAGCCGGUCAUCAGCAGCACAGGAGCUGACAUGCAGAGUGUACCGGAGGAGUGGAGGGAAGGACGGGAUGAGAGGACACAGGAGACGUUACUCCAGAGGAAAGGGGGCUCAGACAUGAAGAAUGGAGGAGGUGUAGAGGAGGAGAAGGAGUCGUUGAUGAUGGAGCUGACGAGGCUGGUGCAGAAGAUGGUGAAGGAGAGCAGCUGGUGGGAGAGAAGAGGGAUCGACUGCAGCAUCCUGGCAGCAGCAUUCCUCUGUCUGCCGCCCGCCUUCCUGCUGCUGGGCUCCUCUCAGCUUCUGUGGUUUGCAGCUGGCAUGCUGCUGAUGGGCGUGGCGCACGCUGUCAUCACCAUCAAGGGGACACAUCUGGCUAGCCACGGGUCGCUGAGCGAGUCGCAGGCCUGGGGGAAGUUCUGGGCCGUUUUCUUCAUCGAGAUCUGCGGCUCAUUCUCAGCGCGAGCCGGCGUUCACGGCCACAUUAAGAUGCAUCAUGCUCAUACUAAUGUCAUUGGACUGGGGGACUCCAGCGUUUGGAAGGUCCCCUUCCUGCCUCGCACUGUCUACCUGUUCAUAGCUCCCCUGGCCGUGCCCAUCAUCACUCCACUCGUUGCACUCGCUCAUCUCAAAGGACACUCUCUGGCUCUGGUGCUCAGGACCAUGCUGAUGGUAACACUGGGGCUGUAUUCACAGUAUUGGCUGCUGAUCCACGUCUCUGGCUUCCAGUCGCCUCUCAGUGCUUUGCUGUGUAUGCUUGUGUGCAGAGCAAUGUUCUCCAUGCCGUACAUCCAUGUCAACAUUUUCCAGCACAUCGGCCUCCACAUGUUCUCUCCGACCCGCCGUCCGAAGAGGAUCUACCAGAUGACCCACGGAGUCCUGAACCUGCCACGUAACCCCGUGCUGGACUGGGUGUUCGGACACUCGCUUAUCAACUGCCACGUGGAGCACCAUCUCUUCCCCUUCCUGUCUGAUAACAUGUGUCUGAAGGUGAAGCCUGUCGUGUCCAAAUACCUGACGGAGAAGAAGCUCCCGUACCAGGAGGACAGCUACCUCUCUCGUCUGCACCUUUUCUUCCACAAAUACCAGGAGCUGAUGGUGUUCGCCCCGCCCAUCUCAGAGCUGGUGGGCGUGCAGUGAUGAAGGAGACAAACUGUUGAGACUAAUGACUGCUGCUCCAAAGCACAAGCUUCAGUGUUUAAAGUGACACGUUAGAAACCUCCACAGUCCAGGUUUGACCUGCGUCUGACACACAGAGUUUAAUCAGUAACACAGUAUGAUCCAUGUAGUUUGAUUAAAUUAUUCCUUGUGAUUGAUUGUUAGGAAAUAUUGUAAGAGCUGAGUGAAUAUUCUGCACUGUUAGAGGUAAUUAGCACAAAGAUAAGAGCUCACCUGAUUUAAUGUGUGCUGCUGUUUCUCCACUGACCUGAGGUCUGGUUUAUGAGACAUGAUUCCCACUGGAGACUUCAUUCACUGCAGCAGUAAAAACAUAAUGAUCCAUUCUAGGGCUGGGCGAUAUGGACUGAAAUUCAUAUCUCUGUAUUUUCAGGCUGAACGACGAUACACGAUAUAUAUCUCAGUGUUUUCUCCGUGUUCAGCUGCAGGUCAAAGACACAUUGAAGACGUCAGGGGCACUUUUAUAAAAACAGACUGUGAUCAGAAUAAAAAGCAAAGACAGGG